UGCGCCACUGUCCACACCACAGAUCCUUCGUUCACAAGUUCUGCCUCCACAGCAGAGGAGAAUCAGGAGACUUCUUACGUUAGGAAGAUAGCCGACAGGAAAACGACUCUGAAGACACCAUUUCAAGUGCCGUGUGGAACGAGUGGUGGGAGCUGAAUAAGACAGAGUACAGUAGGACAGUUGAGGGAACUUGGAGCUGGCUCAAGCGGUGGACUAGGGUUCUUCCAAUCUGUAAUGAUCACUGUAGAAAGGGACGAUGCUUGUUAUUUCUGAGUAGCUACCGAGAUUGACGUCAUCAGUGCUUCCAAUUGUUUGGUUGGGAGUUGAGUAUCUGGGAAUGAGGUGGAAAAGGAAGAACAGUGAGCUGGCCUAAGGCACGGGAUUGUGCGGGCCAUAGGGGGCGCAAUUGCGAUGCAUCUUUCUGCAAGUUUCCUAUUGUGUGCCCUCUUUGCAGCUGGACUGGUUGCAGGGCAAGUUGAGCGUGUGUGUCAGGGUGUGUCUGAUGAGUCUUCGCUGCAGACGGCGCUAGCGGCGGCAACGUCAGGGUCUGUCGUCACAAUCUGUAGCAAUGUCAACCUCACCGCCACGCUCGUCGUGAAGGCGCCACUUACAGUGCAGGGCAACUGCAGCGCCCCAGGAUGCAAGAUCUCGGCGGCCCUGCCUAGGACUGUCAACCAGAUGUUUAGCGUGGCGCCGUCUACGGGGCCUGUGUUUUUCAGAAACCUGCAGCUGGAUUCUGGAGUGGCACUGUCCAGUCAGACUGGGACCCUCCUCACGGGAGGGGCUGUGCUGCUGAGCACCAACUCCGUAACCACCUUUGUCAACGUGCUCUUCACCAACAAUGCUGCCGAUGAAGGCGGCGCCGUCUUCUCCAAUGGCGCGAACGCCACGUUCGUCGGAUGUACCUUCACUGGCAACACCGCGACGGCCAGCGGGGGUGCUUUCCAGGCGGCCGGGGGCUCUGCUUCGAUCCUCAGCUCCAGUUUCUUUGCAAACAGUGCGCCUCUUGGGGGCGCAGUUUACCUGCAACAAACAGCUGCUCCGGCGGUUGUGAGGGGGAGCCUGUUUGUGGGGAACAGAGCGACGGUGCAGCAGGGGGGGGCGAUCUUUGUUGGGGUGCGGACAGUGAAUGCGUCGAUCGGGGGCAACACAUUUGCCGGAAAUACGGCCACAGUCAGCGGCGGCGCUGUGCACGACGACGGGGCCUCUCAGAGUGGCGCGGUUGUGAGCACCGCGUUCACUGUUCUCAGCGGCAACGCUUUCAGUCAAAACACCGCUCCCCAGGGGGGCGCUGUCUCGAACAGCGUCGCGCAGACCAGUUUCUGUAGCCCGGAGCUUUUUGUGAACAACAGCGCCACUACGGGAACGAGCUUGUUUGCGGCGGGGUCUACAAACAGCGAGGCGACGCGCUUCUGUCCGGUCGCACCGACGGACCUGGCGUUCAUCUCGGACGUGGGGGGAGUCUUUGCGACAGACUGCGCGUACUGCAACUGCGGCCCCAACAACCCGUGCGACGCAAACGCGGUCUGCACCCCAGGGUCCCGGACCGCCAACCUGACGUGCGCCUGCCGCAACGGGUUCAGUGGGAACGGUUACGUGUGCCUGGGGGCCAGCAAUUCGAGCCUGCUGUUAGGGAACACUGGCGCGUCUACGAGCCUGGCAGCGCUUGCAAGCCUGACAGCCGUUUCGAGCCCGGCAGCCGGAGCGCCCGCGCCAGGCCCUGCCACCAUCCUAGUUGCGCCGGGUCCGGCCCCUUCCCCUGUCUCCCGAAACAGCACUCUUACAAACACCACAGCGGGUAACGUAACGAGUCUCGCAAACGGAACCGCUCUGAACGGAACGGUCCCCUUGAACGGAACGGGCACUCUGAACGGAACAGCCAUCAACGGAACGGUUCCGUUGCCUCUCAACGUGACCGUACCGGCCCCCGCCCCGUCUGCCAACCGGACCAACGUAACGGCCGCGGGCCCGAACGCUGCGAACGUUACGCUGCCCCUCCCGGUCAACGCAACUGCAAACGUCACCGGUCCCGUCUCGGCCCCCGCGCCAGGGCCGAUCUUCAACGGAACGCUUCCGCUCCCCACAAACGGAACGGUCAAUGUAACCUCCCCCCCUCCUCCCCUGCUCGCUCCUCCCCCCCCGCUAGCGACAAACGCAUCGUCACCCCCCCCGCUAGCAACAAACGCGUCGUCACCCCCCCCGCCACCCCCCCUCCUCGCGCCGCCACCCCCCCUCGCCACGAACGCAUCUUCCCCCCCGCCUCUGAACCCCCCUCCCCCCGCCUUUCCCCCCCCAAGACCAAAUGUGACCUUUCCCGUUGCUACAAACGCGACUGCACCCCCUCCAAUAGAAACAAAUGCGUCGGCCCCGCCUCCGCUUCUUCUUCCACCCCCCCCGCCGCCCAAUCCGCCGCCGCCAGGAGCCCCUCCCCCGCCCCUGCCAACUGUUCCUGUCAUCGUCACCCCUGACGUCAGGCCACCCCCCCCAAUCAUUACCACUCUUCCUCCUGCGUUCCCCCCCCCAGAAGUAGCGACCCUCCCUCCUGCGCCACCCCCCCCGGCAGCGACUCCGUCUCCCCCGGCUCCCACUGGUGGCCUGUUGGGCGGCCCAGCCUCGCCCCCUCCCCCCGUCUGCACGUGCCCCACCGGGCAGGCCCCGGGGAUCGCGGCAACCGCUCUUGCCUGCAGCUGCAACUACCCGCUCACUGCCAGCUACCGGAUGGUCAACAGGAACCUGGCGGACUGGACCACGAUCUUUUCGUCGUCGUUCUCGAACGACCUCGCGGGUCUCAUCGGCGUCCAGCCGUCCCAGAUCCUCUACACCAACGUGGCGCAAGGCAGCAUCCUGCUUGACACCAACGUCGUCCCGCUCUCUGGGCCCACUCUGGACAACGCGACAGUGUCAAGAAUCUCAGGCGUGCUCCAGCAGGGGCAGCCGCUUAACCUGAGCACGGCACAGUAUGGAGAGGUGCUUGUGACUAGCGUAGGGCAACCGGCACAGCUGACGAGUGGCACCCCCCCCUCCGGCAGCGGCGUCAGCGUCACCCCCAGCGGACCAACCCCUAGCAACGCCCCCGGAACGACCAACACUUCUUCCGGGGGGGGCGGUUCAAGCAUCGGUGUCAUUAUCGGCGCAGUCGUGGGGGGAGUUGUUGGCCUCGCUCUAGUUCUCGCCGUCAUCGCUCUGCUGAUACGCCGGAAGAAGCGGAAGCCGCGGUUGCCCCCCCCCAUAACGCCGCCGGAGCUUGCGCAGCCCCCGAAGGCGCUGGAGAGGCCGCUAAGUGCGCGAGCGGCGAGUUCCAGGGGGGGGGACAGCCCACUUCCUACCCCAGGUCGUGAGGACAUUGCUGAUAAGGCCCUGUUUGGCACCUUCCGCCGCUUCGGCUACCCGGAGAUUCAGGAAGCGACUGACGAUUUCGCCGCCGCGAACCUUCUUGGAGAGGGAGGCUUUGGCUUGGUAUACAGGGGCACUUUUGCUGACGGGACCAUGCUUGCAGUCAAGCACCUGAAGAACACGCAGCAGGGGCAAGCGGAGAGCGAGUUCUUGUCGGAGUUAGGCACCCUGGGGCGCGUGCGCCACCGCAAUUUGGUCGCCCUCAAGGGCUUCUGCGUUACUGCCGCCGACUGCUUCCUCAUCCUCGACUUUGCGGCGGGGGGGAACCUGGACCAGGCGCUCAGGAGCCCCACCCGGCCGCCUCUGACGUGGCCCCAGCGGAUGAACAUUGCGGUGGGCGCUGCGAGGGGACUGUCGUACUUGCACAACGACUGCCGGCCCACCAUCAUUCACAGGGACAUCAAGAGCGCGAACAUUCUGCUGGACUCCGAGGGGGAGGCGGAGGUGGCGGACUUUGGGCUGUCCAAGCUGCUCGACUCCGGCCAAACGCAUCACAGCACGCGUGUACGGGGAACUUACGGCUAUGUGCGUACACUCUACCUUGUCGAGACUGCAUAA